AUGAAGAAUUUGGUAGUAAAACAACGCGCUAGUCGUCUUUUAAAUAUCCUAGAAAACCAAAUGUUAAAUGUAAAAGAUUUAAAAAUAUUGUAUACUGUUGACUCAACUAAUGAUGAUUUUUAUAUGCUUUUAAAAAAUAAGUUAUGUAAAAUUCCAUCGAGUUAUGUGGAAGACAUAAGCUUCUUCGAAAUCGAUGAAAAUUUAGAAUUCAUCGGUUUGGAAUAUUGUAGUGUAACACAAGAACUAUAUGGUGUCUGUAAAUCUGGCAGUAUUAUAAGAAUAAAUCUAGAACCUGAAUUUAGAUACGAAUUGAUAACUGAUUUAAACAUAGAUUUACAAUGCAUGAAACUAAGCCCAGAUCAUGAAAUAAUCAUAUUAGUUACAAUUAGUGGUAUUGUGAUUACAAUGGUAUCUACUUUUGAAAUAAUCUCAGAGGUAGAUCUGCAUGCACAAUAUUUUGGUCAAAAGCAAUUUGUAACUGUUGGUUGGGGUAAGAAGGAAACUCAGUUUCAUGGUUCAGAAGGAAAAAAAGCAGCAAUAUCUAAACCGACAGAAAUAUGUGAAAACGAUCUAGAUGAUGGAUUAUAUAAAAUAACUUGGCGUGAUGAUGGUUUGUUAUUUGCUGUUGGUUUAUUGCAUCCCGAAAAUAAAGUUAGACAGUUUAAGGUAUUUAAUAGAGAAGGUAUUUUACAAUACACCAGUGAGAUCGCUAAUGGUUUGGAAGAAUCAUUGUCAUGGAGACCAUCUGGUAGUUUAAUUGCAGCAACACAGAUUUCACAAAACAAGCACCUUGUUGUAUUCUUUGAGAAAAAUGGUUUAAAACACAGAGAAUUUUCACUUCCUUUUAAACCAAAAGAAAUUAGGGUGAAAGAUUUAUUUUGGUCUCCAGAUUCAGAAAUUUUGACUAUUUGGUGUCAAAUUCAGGCAGAUUCUUCUUCAGUUCUACAACUAUGGACAGAAAAUAAUUAUCAUUGGUAUUUGAAACAAACUAUUAAAUUUCCCACAGAUAACUUACUGAUAUGUGCCACAUGGAGUACAACAUCUUGUUUCAAAAAACUGAUUGUUUUAACAUACAAAGAACUUAUCACGUUUGACUAUAAUUGGUCUGUUGAUCAUAGUAGAGGCAUAACUGUACAUGAUAAAUCUGUUAUUGGCAUCAUUGAUGGAAAUAAGUCAUUAAUGACUGGUCUUAGAGUAGGAAUUGUACCACCACCAAUGGCACAUAAAACUUUAGAAACUUCUGAGUCCAUAAAUGCUAUUGUUUUUGCACCUGAUAUAAAAGGCAAAGCUACCUGGAUAGACAGCAAUGCAUUCUUCUGUGUUUCUGCCAGUAAAAAAUUAAUAUUUUACAAGUAUUUAGUGGACUCAUUCCUCUUAGACUAUGAACAUGUUGGAACAUAUGAUAUUAAAUGGGAUAUUCUACUAGAACAUAAAAAUUUCUUUUACAAUAUGCAUCACUUCUUAUGGCUUAAUGAAAACAACGUUUUAUGUUCAUUGUCAAUAAAUGAUCAGAGCUUCCUUUGUGUUUUGAUGUUAAGUGCAAUAGAAGAUCAAACACAGGGACAAGUUAUAUUGAGGCGAAUACACAUUAUGGAUGGUUUAAUUCAACACAUAGUUCGUUCUCCAGAUUCAGAUGAAGCAUACAUAAUUGUAGACAAUUCCAUUACAAAAUAUACAAAAGAAACAGAACUAGUUCCAGUUGAUACACAAUUGCAAGGAUAUACGUAUAAAGUAGAAGUUGUGAAAAUUGGUACAAAGCACAUGGUACUGUCAUUAUAUCAUAGGAACUGUUUUGCAAUUAAUGGAAAGCAAAUUGCUAACAAUAUCACAAGUUUUUUCGUUCACUCGGAAUUUUUACUUCUUACAACUGCACAAAAUACUUUAAUAAGCGUUAACUUGAACGAGAAUGAUUUUGAAGAAUUAAUAAAGCAAGAUUUGACUGUAAAGCCAUGGGAAAAUCGACUCAAUGAUAAAUCAUUUUCAGAUAUGAAUAUUAGAAGAGUGGAAAGGGGAUCUCAAUUGAUUGCAGCUAUUCCUAAAGAUUCCAAAGUUGUUUUGCAAAUGCCUCGUGGAAACCUAGAAUGCAUUCAACCAAGGGCAUUGUCUUUAUAUAUUAUCGGAUUUUACUUAGACAAUUGCAAUUAUUUAUCUGCCUUCGAUUUAAUGCGGAGACAACGAAUAAACUUGAACUUGAUCUAUGACUAUAAUCCAAAAAAAUUUAUCGAGAAUGCAAAUAAAUUCGUGGAACAAGUUUCCAAAGCGAGUUGGUUGAGUUUAUUCUUGUCUGAGUUAGCAGAUGAAGACGUUACCAUGACAAUAUAUGCAAAUUACUAUCGAAGACAUCAGUCAGAAUCAAGAAACCUUGAAAUAAAUAAAAUUGAAUCGAUUUGCAGUUUACUGCGAAACAUUAUGGAAGAAAGGAAUAAUUCUGAUCAUUUAAUUCAACCAAUAUUAAUCAGUUUGGUAAAAGAUAAAAAAAAGCGAGGAAUAGAAGCUGCGUUAACGAAAAUAAAGGAAAUUCAGAAGUUAGAGGAAAAAAGUACGGGAUAUGAGAAACACAUAAUGUCUGAUGAAGCACUAAAAUAUCUAUUAUACAUAAUGGAUGUAAAUGUACUAUUUGAUAUAGCUUUAGGAAUGUACGAUUUUGAUUUGACUAUGUUCAUUGCUUCUAAGUCACAAAAAGAUCCCAAAGAAUAUAUUCCAUUCCUUAAUGGCUUGAAAAAGCUUGAUGAGAAUUAUAUGAAAUAUUCUAUUGAUUUACAUUUGAAACGUUAUGAGUCUGCUCUUGAACAUAUUGCAAAAGAAUCAAACAGAUUUAACGAAUGUAUAAAUUUGAUACGCAAUUAUAAUCUGUACACAAAAGCUUUAAAAUUAUUUGAGAAGAAAAGCAAAAUGUAUAAGGAGGUAGCCAGAAGUUAUGGUGAAUAUUUAUUGAAUAAACGACACUAUCAUGAAGCUGGAAUUAUGUUUCAUAGAUCUGGUGAUAUCAAAGAAGCUUUAAAUGCUUAUAAAUUAGCUAGUUGUUGGCAAGAUGUUAUUAUAUUAUCUACUCAAAUGGAACUAAGUGAAACAGAAAAACACGUGAUUUACCAGGAUCUUGUAGAACGUCUAAAAACUAAUAAAAAGUAUGAGGAAGCUGCACAUAUUUUAAUGAAUUAUUUCAGAGAUGCGAAGGAAGCUAUAAUUUCUUUAUGUAAUGGUAAACAAUGGAAAGAUGCUGUAAGAAUUGCGCAUGAUACCAAAAAUCUAGAUUUGAUCGAAUGUCAUAUAAAACCUAAUGUAUACGAAUAUGCGGAUCACGCUCUAUCACAAAUAAAAAAAAAUAGACAAGAUUUUGAGCGAUAUAAAUUGCGUCUUGCAACAGUCAGGCACAAUAUUUCUCAGAGAAACAUAAAAUCAUACAAUGAAAUACUUUGUGACAAUGAGUCGAUAUGUAACAAAGGCAUUUCAGAUAUUCUUAGCGAUACAAGUAGCGUUGUUAGUUCAACUUUGAGUCAAAGAUCGAGAUUGUCCACUAUGUCUGGAAAAAGUUAUAGAUCCAGCAAAAAUCGAAGAAAGCAGGAAAGGAAAUUUUUAAGUUUAAAAGAAGGCAGUGUCUUCGAGGAUCUGGCAUUAAUACAAACUUUGUAUCAAAUUAUCAGCAAUACGUACAAAGAACGAGAUGAUUUGCACAUAUUGAUACAAAUGCUUUUGUAUUUCGAUGACGAUGAAUAUGCGGAAAAAAUACAAAAUUCCAUGGAAGAGUUACUUUUAAUAAUAGAAAAAAAUAAAUCUGAAAUCUGGGAUAAAUCUGCACCUUCAAGCUUAGCAGACAUGGAAAAUACAGAACUUACGACGAUGACAGAUUCACAAGGAUUCUCUACCUGUUACAAAUUAGUUGAAUCUUAUAUUACACAUCCACCGGUAGCUAAUUCUUCACCUUGGAAAUUGAACAUAUUUUACUAAUUAAUAACAGUAAAUAUUUUUAGAAAUCUAAUUUUGAAUUAUAUUUUACAAUUACAAUCUUCCCAUUAAAAAAAGGAUACAUUUA